AAUGUCAAAAAGUGAAAAAUGUCAUUAACACGUUGCAUAGCGGCUGUGUCGGUUCCGGUUUGUUUAUCGACAUUUAGAAGAACGUGUUUGCUAGGCAGUGUCAGUCGUGCGCGAAAUCGUGCUACCAGUGUAUCGAAUACGGCAACCAAGUCUCGUAGUGAGGUCAAAAUGUACAUUGCAGAAGAGAGAGGAUCCGCUUACGCCCCCGAUUACCGAGUAUAUUUCAAGGAUGAGAGCGGCCCCAUCUCCCCACUGCACGACAUCCCGCUGUGGGCAGACAAGUCCAAGCGGCUCGUGAACAUGGUGGUGGAAGUACCACGCUGGACUAACGCAAAGAUGGAGAUCAGCCUAAGCGAGCCGCUCAACCCAAUCAAGCAGGACGUGAAGAAGGGCGCGCUGCGCUUCGUGAGCAACGUGUUCCCCCACCGCGGCUACAUCUGGAACUACGGCGCGCUGCCGCAGACGUGGGAGAACCCGCACCACGUGGACCCCGGCACGCAGGCGCGCGGCGACAACGACCCCAUCGACGUCAUCGAGAUCGGCGAGCGCGUGGCCGCGCGCGGCGACGUUUACCCCGUCAAGAUCCUCGGCACGCUGGCGCUCAUCGACGAGGGUGAGACGGACUGGAAGCUGCUGGCCGUGGACGCGCGCGACCCCAACGCUGCCAAGCUCAACGACGUGCAGGACGUCGAGACGCUCUUCCCCGGCCUGCUGCGCGCCACCGUCGAGUGGUUCCGCCUCUACAAGGUGCCCGACGGCAAGCCCGUCAACCGCUUCGCCUUCGACGGGGAAGCUAAGAACGCCGAUUUCGCCUACAAGGUUAUCGACGAAGUGCACGGGUUCUGGCGUUCGCUGGUGGCCGGCGAGGUGGCUGAUGCGACGGACAUCAACAAGAUGAACGUGUCGGCGGAGGGCAGUCCGGGCCGCGUGGAGCGCGCCGAGGCCAGCGCCGAGCUCAGCAAGGCGCCGCCGCGCGGGCUGCCGCAGCCGCUGCCGCCGCACGUGGACAAGUGGCACUUCAUCUCCAACCUGUAAGCAGGCGGGUCGCGCGGAUGCGCCUGCCGCGCGGGCUGCGAGCUCGCGGAGAUCGUGGGUUGUAUAAUAUAGUGCAAGCUGACUUACAUGCUCUUUAACUGACUUUUGUUGAACCGUCUCGUCGCCAGCGACUGAUUUACGGACUCCCAGCUUGUACGAGUGAUAGAUAGAUAUUACGCUGUCCAUAUAUAUUAUAUAUUAUAAGUAUUUAAAUGUCUUUCUAAGUGUAAUGUAUAUUUAAAGCUCGAUUAAAUUUGAUAUCGACAAUUAUGUG